AGUUAUGGUGUCCUCCCGCACUAAAAGGGCGCCUGCUGCAUGCAUGCGUGCGUGCGUGAAGUAGAUGACGGUAGCCGGGAGCUCAGUGUCUCGGACAGCAGAGGGGCACUCGCAGCCUCUGUCCCGGGAUGCGAGUCGCGUGUUCACGGUGUUUGUUCAUGUACAGACGUACCCGAAGCUUGUAGGCAUUCCCCUUAAGGCUCAGAGAUUCCACACAGCUGCGUGUCGCUACAAAGCUCGGACGGGUGCGGAGCACCUGUGGCUGAAGCGCCAUCUAAGGGACCCCUUUGUGAAGGCUGCAAAGGUGGAGAGUUACCGCUGCCGAAGCGCCUUCAAGCUCCUGGAGAUGAAUGAGAAGCAUCAUAUCCUGCGACCUGGUCUCCGGGUGCUGGACUGCGGGGCGGCUCCAGGAGCCUGGAGUCAGGUGGCCGUGCAGAGAGUCAAUGCCACAGGCGCAGACUCCAGCUCUCCUGUGGGCUACGUGCUCGGGGUUGAUCUUCUUCACAUAUUCCCUCUGGAAGGAGCAACUUUCCUAUGCCCUGCUGAUGUGACUGACCCCAAAACUUGCCAAAGAAUUUUAGAACUGCUUCCCAGAAGGAGAGCGGAUGUGAUUCUCAGUGACAUGGCACCCAACGCCACUGGGAUCCGAGACCUCGAUCACGAGAGGCUCAUCAGCUUGUGCCUGACCCUUGUGGACAUGGCUGUGGAUAUCCUGCAUCCUGGGGGGACACUGCUGUGUAAAACCUGGGCCGGAAGUAAAAGUCACCUGCUACAGAAGAGAUUGACCCGGGAAUUCCAGAAUACAAAGGUCGUGAAACCAGAGGCCAGCAGGAAGGAGUCCUCAGAGGUGUACCUCUUAGCCACGCAGUAUCGGGGAGGGAAGGGCUCCAUGGAGCAGUGAGUCUGCCCUGCCCUCUGGGGGUGCUUUCCUGAGAGUGGCUGGGAUCCGAACUGUACUGCGGACAGCACCCCACCAGGCACCUCUGAGUUUUAAAGAGAUGAAAAAUGUAUUCGAGGUUUGUGAAAAAUAAGUGGGGCCAGCACGGUGGCUCGGUGAGUAACGGUACCUGCCACAGAGCCUGAUGCCCUGAGUGCGCUCUCCACUCAGGAGAGUCGGGGGAGAGAGCGAGCCCCCGGAAGUUGUCCGCGAGCCCCCACGGGCACACACACAUAUGCCCACAAUAUGAGCAGAUGUAUUGAAAUGGUUUCUGUCAAUUUAACGUUUCUUUCUGGGAAGAAAGAAUCCAACUGAAGAACUGCCUCCCUCAGAUUGGCCUGAGGAGACCUUUUUCUUGAUUAAUGAUUGACGUGGGAGGAGGGCCCAGCUCAAUAGGAGGAGGGCCCAGCCCAAUAUGAGCAGCGCCAGCCCUGGGCAGGUAGUCCUGAGUUGUGUAAGAAAGCAAGGCAAGCAAGGCAAACAAGACACAAAGGACGAGCUAGUAAACAGGGGUCCUCCGUGGCCUCUGCUUCAAUUACUGCCUCUAGGUUCCUGCCUUGAGUACUCGCCUUGACUUUCUUCAGUGAUAGGUUAGACUGGGGUGAGGAAGUCAAGUAAACCCUUUCCUCCCAAGGUUGCUUUUAGGUGGUGGAAACAAAACUAAACAGUCUUCUAUAUCAUGA